GGCCUCAAAGUAACGGGCCCAAAUAACAAGUGACACAAAGUCAGCUCCAAUACAAAUAUGUCAUCUUCAUCACCAAAACCCUAAACCAGAGAACUAGGCAACUUAAGCCACCGUGUUGGUUUUCUUUAGCACUGUCCUAACCUAUGGCUCCAGCUAAAGUGGAUUUGGCCAAGAAGAAGGACCCCAAAGCCCAGGCUGUCAAGGCAGCCAAGGCUGUUAAGUCAGGAUCAACGUUUAAGAAGAAGUCAAGUAAGAUAAGGACAAAAGUUACUUUCCAUCGACCUAAGACAUUGAAGAAGGAUAGGAAUCCCAAGUACCCUCGCAUUAGUGCACCUGGAAGGAACAGACUUGAUCAGUAUGCGGUUUUAAAAUAUCCUCUUACCACUGAGUCUGCAAUGAAGAAGAUUGAGGACAACAAUACCCUUGUUUUCAUUGUGGAUAUCAAAGCUGAUAAAAAGAAGAUAAAGGAUGCAGUGAAGAAAAUGUAUGAUAUCCAGACAAAGAAAGUCAAUACCUUGAUCAGGCCCGAUGGAACAAAGAAGGCUUAUGUGAGAUUGACGCCUGACUAUGAUGCUUUGGAUGUGGCCAACAAAAUUGGAAUCAUCUAAUUGAUUACCUAGUUUUGAAUUUUUAUGUAAACCUUAAAUCUUGGAUAUGAGUUCUUUGCAAACUUUUGACGGAAAGUGCCUUGGUUUAUUUAUUUUCAAUAUUGAGUUUCAGAAAUGUGUGAUGUUCCAUAUUAAUUCAGACAAGCUUCUGUUUACAUUUUCA